AUGGCUUUGACGUAUUCAAGAUCUGUAAUUCAACAGUUAUCAUCGUUUUCCCCGGCUUUAUUGAAUCCACUCCUGUGGCGUCGUUUCACUGAGCACGGUAUCACUCGCAUAAAAUCCACACGUCCGGGUUGCCAUGGCGGUCGCAGAAAGCGAGGUAACAGUGUAUCGUGCCUAGGAACUGCAAGACAAUUCCGUGCCAACGUCUCUCCAACUCCAAAUGAAGAUGAUUCGAUGGGUUCUGACCAAAUUGCUGCACUGGACCACGAAUCUAGUAAUUUGCAUAACCGCUCGUCGAGCUUAUUAAAUAUUCAAGGUAACACCUUUCAAACCAACAAAACAAACAACCCUUCCGUUCCGCCGGUGUUGCUCGAGAACGGAACGAACACUUCAAACUCUCGGAUUGACGACAAUACGUUUCCAGUCAUCACGGAUCGUCCCAUUGAAUCGCGUAGCGUGUUUGAUAUGAGCUUGAUGCUUGCGAACACAAUGUCUCUGGCGCCCAAGAUCGACGAAGUUCGUUCUACCAUCUUGGACUACAAACCAAAUUUAGGGUUCAUUACUGAAACGUGGCUGAGGGACACCAUCAGUGGAAACCACCUCCACAUUCCCGGUUACUCGUUUAUUUCUAGAAACCGCACCACAGACAUUCACGGAGGGAUUGGGCUCUAUAUAGUGGACUCGAUCAGGUAUAGAUCUCUUGAUCACUUACAAGAUCCUAACCAUCCGUUCUUCAACGACAGCGCCAGAGACACUGAUUUGUUGGACUAUCUAUCAGCACCCUUGACUACUGUUGAGGGAGAAUUCCCAGGUUGCGGGAUUCUACUCUGCGGCGAUUUCAAUCGGCUAAAGUUGAAUCGUUUAGCUGCACAAUUCGGACUGCGGCAAUUGGUCAACAAGCCCACUAAGGGUGAUCAGAUCCUGGACUUGGUUUUCACCAACCAACCAGAUUUGUACGACAUAAAUUCCGUUCAGAUUUCACCGCCGUUUGGUUUAUCGGAUCACAAUGUUGUCUUCGUGCACCCAACAACUCGUGCUCCAAGGGAAGGCCCAAGUAGAAGAACCCUUUCCAAGCGGGACACUCGGGCCAGUCCCACGUCCGAGCUUGGGCGUUUCCUCGCGUCUAUCGACUGGUCAGUGGUUAACGAAGCAUCUAACUGCGAGGCUGAAUUGGCGCUGUUUACGGAUUUCAUCAAAAUUAGUCUCGACCACUUAAUGCCGGUUAAACAUGUCAGACUUCACCUGAAUGAUCCCCCCUGGGUUACUGAGCGGUUCAAGAACCUCGUUAAGCUCCUUCAACACGCCUUCCACAAUGGAGACAUGGAUCAAUACCGGCGAUAUCGAAAUGACGUCAACUGCACGCGUAAGUCACUUCGCAGUAAAUACUAUGCAAGGAAAGUGAAUAAUUUAAAGAACAUCAAGCCCUCGCAGUGGUGGAGCGGAGUUAAACGAAUCGCCGGUAUGAAUCCUGCGUCAUCUUCUGAAAGUCUCCUUUCCAGCCUUCAGCUUGGGGACAGUUCCGAUCGCCUAAGUGACGUUGAACUAGCUAACGCCAUCAACGCUGUGUUCUUAGAACCCAUGAAGCAUUACCAACCCCUAUUCGCUGUCCCUACUGUAGUGGAGGACUCCGAUAUGCCUUUAAUUCCAGAAAUUGAUGUCCUACAUGCUCUAAUCAAUCUAAACCCGAGGAAGGCAGCUGCACCUGACGACAUCGGUAACUGGCUUUUGAGGGAAUAUGGAGUGAUUCUCGCACAGCCUAUUACAUCUAUACUGGCCGCGAGCUUUAGAGAACAAAGGCUUCCCGCCUCUUGGAAGCUUGUGGACGUGGUGCCUCUCCCUAAGCAAAAACCCGUGGUUGAUGCUACUAAGCACCUGCGUCCUAUCUCCUUGACGCCCGCUAUCUCUAAGGUUGCGGAAGAUUUUGUGGUACUCAGAUACGUCAGUCCAGCGGUGUUGCAGAUCAUAGACCCGAACCAAUAUGGCGGUAUUCCAAGAUCCUCCACCUUGUACGCUCUGAUUUCCAUGGUACAUAACUGGUCACAAGCCACUGACGCCACAGGCGCAGCUGUUAGAGUGGUAUUUUUCGACUAUCGUAAGGCUUUUGAUCUUAUUGAUCACAAUUUGCUGGCCAGAAAGAUCAAGGCCUUGGACAUGCCACGGUGGGUUCGCGUCUGGGUGCUGGAUUUUCUGUCAGACAGGAAACAACGUGUCAGGUUGUCAUCAGACUGCAGGUCAGAGUGGGGCUCAGUCCCCGCCGACUAUCGCCCAAACGAUACCGCGAGGUUUGACCAGUGA